AAAGGGGGAGGACACGGGAACCACGCAGCCCGGGGUCCACAGGGGCCGGGCGGGGCGGCCACGAAGCCCCAGGGGAACCACGGGGACACGCAGUGCGCAGACCCGGCCAAGCCACGCCUCCGCGCCAGCGCCGCAGUCCAGCCACGGCCAAACCACGCCUCCGCGCCAGCGCCGCAGUCCAGCCACGGCCAAACCACGCCUCCGCGCCAGCGCCGCAGUCCAGCCAACAGGGGCGCUGCGUGCAGGGCCAGGGACGCCACUCGGCGCAGGCGCAGGCCCGCAGGGAAAGGGGGCGCGGCGCCUGGGGACGGAGAGCCCGGGGCCCGGAGCGGCCCAAGCCCCCUGCCAUGCCCCAGCCCCGACGAGACCCAAGCCCCCCGCCCCGGCCCGGCGCCCUCGGGAGGCCCAAGCCCCGGCCCCUUCCACCUCGGAGGGCUCUAGGACCCGGAGGCGCCAGGCUCCCACAAACAGACUCCUGGGCGGGCGCCUGAGCCCCAAAAAUAGAUCCUCAGGGCGGACGCCCGAGCCUCAACGACAGACUCUCCGGCGGGCGCCAUGGGCCCGGGAGAAGCGGGUCACCGCGGGGCCGCCGCGCCGGUACCGCCGCCAUUCGCGCGCGUCGCGCCCUCGCUCUUCCUCGGGAACGCGCGCGCCGCGGGAGCGGGAGAGCAGCUGGCGCGCGCAGGCGUCACGCUGUGCGUCAACGUCUCCCGCCAGCAGCCCGGCCCGAGCGCGCCCGGCGUGGCCGAGCUGCGCGUGCCCGUGUUCGACGACCCGGCCGAGGACUUGCUGGCGCACCUGGAGCCCACGUGCGCCGCCAUGGAAGCCGCGGUGCGCGCCGGCGGCGCCUGCCUAGUCUACUGCAAGAAUGGCCGCAGCCGCUCGGCCGCCGUCUGCACCGCCUACCUCAUGCGGCACCGCGGCCUCAGCCUGACUCAGGCCUUCCAGAUGGUGAAGAGCGCUCGCCCGGUAGCGGAACCCAACCCGGGCUUCUGGUGUCAGCUGGAGAAGUAUGAGGCGGCCCUCCAGGGCCCGUCCUGCCCGCGGGGAGAGCCCCCAGCCUUAGGCGUGGGUCCUGAAGCUUGAAGCGGGGGCCUCGGGGCCUGCUGCCUGGAGGAAGAACGUUCCCGCACCCACGCAGGAGACGGCCUGUCCCUCCUCCCCGUCACGCGGAGCUUUCCUUUCUGUGUGUGAAACGAUGCUUUUACUGUGAUAUUUCUGGCUGAGCUGAGGAACAGAUGAUCUUACGGAUACCAAGAAACACAUUUGGUAAAACCCUGACGACAGAUUGAGGAAAAGCAAAGGGGUCCUUGAUGAUUUAUACCCCGGAAUCCUGAGUAUUUGGGAGUGCGGGCGCAUCCCGCCAGCCCCAGUGAGGGACGUGAGCACAGGCUGCGGGCAUCGGGAUCUGAGUCACACGUGAAAUCAGGAACAGCAACUCCUCUUGCGUUUAUCUUUAGUAGUGUCAUAAGAAGGGACUAGUUCUUCCUGCGUGACCACAGACGCCUGUUGGAGAAAAUGCACAGCACGUGGGGCGUUGACAUCAGCAGAGCUGUUGAUGGAGGCACCUGAAGGGCAGCUUGGAUGACCGUGGCGUUUCGCCAGCCCCUCCGCAGCAGAGCCGGAGCUGCCCCCCAGCAGUGGGGACAGUCAUGGACAUCCUUUUCCUAUUCCUAGAGAACUCCAGGACAUUCAGAAUUUCAAAAGUGACUUUUUCUCCCCUAGCUUCUUGGUGACAGAGUAUGGCGUUCCUGUAGGGAAAAUAAAGCCAGGUUCUUUUGCCUCUUUCAGUAAA